AUGGAAGGUAGUAAGAAGGACAAAGAAGACUUGCUUGAUGUUCUGAUUACUCUCAAGGACAUAGAUGGUAGACCAGUGUUGUCAGCUGAAGAGAUCAAAGCCCAGAUUGUUGUAAGUCUCUCUCUCUCUCAUACAAACACACACUCUCACAUGAGAGUAGUAAUGUUAAACAUGGCAUUGGAAAUUAACUAUGAGCACUUAAUACUGCAUAUUCUUUCAGCACCAGUUAAUGGGGAUGAUACUGUGGAUGAGGAGGAGCCACUCAAGUUCAAGCCGGAGCGCCACCUGAAGGACGGUGGCUCGGAGGUGGGGCUUUCUGACCCAGAGCCGAAAAUGUUUUCAUUUAGCACAGGAAGGCGUGGGUGUGCGGGGGUGACAUUGGGUUCUACCAUGACUGCCAUGCUUUUGGCUAGGCUUCUUCAAGGGUUCACUUGGAAGUUGCCACCCUCUGUGUCAAGUACUGACCUCAGACUCAGAGAGUCAGAGGUUGAUCUCUCUCUAGCUCACCCACUGCUAGCUCUUGCACAGCCACUCUUGGGCGAAAAUUUGUAUCUUGCAGCUUGA